CGGCUUGGCCCCGCCCUUUCCGCGUCUGCUGCAGAGCCGUAAACACGCGGGCGGAUAUUUAAGUGCGUAGUGGCUGACAGCGGCAGUGGCUGCAGUCGCUCGCGUGAUCGUCUCAAUUAACUCGCCAAUUAACAAAGCACGCACUCGCGGGCAGCGCGAGACAUGGCCGACGACGAGGACGACGAUCGCGAGGGGCUACGUCGCUACCUGCAGCAGAUGCCGGAACUGGAGGAUGUGGAGGGGGAGGUGGAGGAGGAGGAGAGCGAGUUGGAGGUGGACCCGGGAGACGAGAGCGAUGACGGGGAAAGCCCCUCCAUCAUCAACUUCGACUCCACCCUGCCCGCGCUGCACUCGUACCUGGGCACGGACCUGCAGGAGUACAGCGGACGCACGGUGCACGACGAGGAGAGCUGCCAGUCGGUGCCGCUGCUGUCGGGCGGCCUGACCAUGCUCAUCCCGGGACAAACGCUGCCGCUGCACCUGUUCCGCCCCCAGGAGGUGUCACUCAUCCGCAACCUGGUGCUCAACGACCGCACCUUCGGGGUGCUGGCCUACAGCCUGGAGCCCACGUCGGGGCAGCCUGUGGCGUCGGAGCUGGGCACGACGGCGGAGAUCGUGCAGUGCAGCAUCGAGUCGGAGCACGGCGUCGAGUCCGUCAAGCUGAAGGCCGUGGGGCGCCAGCGCUUCCGAGUCAUCGAGGUCCGCACACAGGUGGACGGCAACAAGGUGGCCAAGGUACAGAUCCUGGCUGAGAAGACGAUGCUCUCGCCACUGGAGGGCGCCCGGUGUGCGUCGCUCUGCCGCCAGCUGCCUCCCUCGCCGCCUGCCGGACCCUCCGCCUCGCCCCACUACUGGCGGCGCUACCACAAGAGGAAGUUUCACUGCGCCAGCCUCACGUGGUGGCCGCCCUGGGUCUACUCUCUGUACGACGCCGAUACUCUGAUGGAGAAGAUAAAGCGGCAUCUGCGCGAGUGGUAUGGAAAGCUGAGAGAGAAAGCGCUGCCUGACAACGCCAUAGAUUUCUCCUACUGGGUGGCCUCGUGUCUACCCAUAGACAACGACGUGCGCCUGAGCCUCCUCACCGUGGGCAGUGCCGUGCAGAGGCUGCGCUGCGAGCUCGACAUCUUGGAGAAGUGCACGUCGCUGUGCUGCAGAAACUGUGACAUGGAAAUCACCAUGCGGGGCGAAAUAUUCAGCCUCUCGCAGUACGGCCCGAUGGCGGCCUACGUGAACCCGCACGGCUACGUGCACGAGACGCUCACCGUGCACAAGGCGUCCAGCCUCAACCUCAUCGGCCGCCCCUCCACCGAGUACAGCUGGUUCCCUGGGUAUGCCUGGACGAUCGCUCAGUGCCGCGACUGCGGUAGCCACAUGGGCUGGAAGUUCACGGCGACGCGCAAGGACAUGUUGCCUGCCAAGUUCUGGGGGCUGACUCGCUCGGCGCUGAGUCCUCGCCUGCCCACCGUGGGCGGAGACGACGACGACGCCGCCGCGGCCGCCAGGAGGGCGGAGGGGCGGCAGGGGACGGGCGACAGAGCCGCGGAGACGUGGAGACCCACGCUGUGAAUGGAGCGCCCGGAACAUCCGCCCCGCUCGCCACUACUACCACCCCCGCCGCUUUGGGGCUGGGCCGCGCGACAAAGGCGGCCGUGCAGCCCCAGACUCCUCGGCGGUCGGGAAACUCGAGCGAUCCUGCCCAGAUUCGUAAUUGUCCCGUGAGGAGGUUCAACCUCGGGUUGCCACCUGUGUGGGGGUUUGGGCAGGACAAAACCUGGAGUUGGUAUCUGUAUCCGGGUGGCAGGAACCGAUUUGUAUCGCCUCCCAAGUCUCUCCAUGCACGAGAGCGAGCGAAUGCCGUGCGGCACGUUAACUCGCCGAAAUUGUUAUCGUGGUGAACGUUGUUAGUCCAGUUUGCCGCACAGUUGUGACAGCCCUAGGCUCAUGGAGAGAGAUGUCCUGGUUUGGUGUGUGGUGGAACAGGCGGCAGCCCGAGGUGAAGCUCAAAGAAUGGCUGCACAGCUCUCCCUGUUAACAAACGCGUACACGAGACGCGUCUUGGUUAGGGACGUGUAGGUCUACGAUCGGAACGUCAAAGCCCCUGUUCAUAAUAGAAUAUAUAUUUUUGCACAUUCAUUUUUGCUGGUUAUAUGUAUCCGCUUUUGCCAAAUUUUAAACCGCGACCAAAAUUUUGAAUGGCGACGCCCAUCGCGCACUAGCUCCUCCCAUCGCGCACUAGCUCCUCCCAUCGCGCACUAGCUCCUCCCAUCGUGGUACGAGUGGCGAUUGCGGACGCGGAGCUUCGGCGUUCGAUUCUCUUGGUUUUUGCUGGGGUCAAACCGUCGACCCCCCUCCCCCGUGCAUCCCACGCAGACCCCGCAGGGGUUGUGGAGCCAUCGUAGACGUUCACGAAAUGUGGGUGGGAUCGUUAUCGUUCGCCGCCAUGAAUUCAAGACGUAAGCCCGGAUGCGCAUGUGCAGUCAGCACAGCCUUGCUGGUCCUGAUUUUGGAGUAUCAUUGGAUGGGUAUUGUUAUCCUCGUUUGGGUUUUACGUCUGUAAAAAUUACGGGAAAAUGUACGUGUUUAUUAAUGAACGAUUUUAGAGUAGUGAAAGUCAUGGUAUGCAUUUAGUAACGUUUUAUUAAACAGAGCACUGAAGUCACAAUCACAAAUCUAUGUUCGGGAUAAUUUAACCCAUGACUCCUCAUGGGUGAAUAAAACGAGUAGCACUUUGUGAGAAGACAACAGUGGCUCUGUGAACAGUCCCUUGCCUGCUGUACGAGAGUGAAAAAUCUGCAGCAGGUUCACUGCACGGCCCCCAUUUCAGCACGUGGAUGCACUUUGCUUUUCAAUCCCACGUGUCUGGUUAUAUUGUGCAGGGUACAAAGGAAAAUAUGGAUAUAUGUUAUGAAAAAAAUAUCCUUAACAGCAAAUAACCCAUUUAAAGGUCCCCCACUUACGUAAUAGGGAUAAAUGAUUGC